AAGAACCGCGAAUAAACAAGAGCUGAUGUCGAGAGUAAGGUCAGUAGCGCACUACAGGAGUAGCAGACGUGAGAUAAAAACUUUCUCAAAUACAUGACACAAUAUAACCGAACUAUUUUAAUAUAUAUCUAUCAUUUUUCUAUAAUUAGAAAAGACGAUGUAUUAAGUUACUCAAACUGCUUCUAGUUCUAGUAGCUGUGAAGGAGAAACUAUAACACAAGUUUCAUUAUGCGGGUACACAUUCUGAUUUUCUGCUUUGUAGCGGUUCUCAUAAAGCAGCGAGUUGAUGGUCUAGAGGUCUGUGAUGUUCUACAAGUCAUUGAUUCUGUGGAAUGGAAUCUCGUCAAGCUGGUCAAAAGUGUGAAUGCUACUUUGAGCAAAUACCGAAACUGUAAAUGUGACGAAGAUGCAGUUUUACAAAACGAAUGGAAAUUGGCGUUUCGUGGAACGUCAGGCACAAGACAGUCUGUCUACUACGCUUACAAGGACGGGCUUGGGAUUCCAAGCUCCAUUGAAAGUGGCUGCAAACAGGUAGGAAAACCGCUGGCUUGCAGCAGUCAUUACAGAAACGAUUUAAUUCUUGAUAACUGGAACGGAAUCUCGGAAGUCGCCCUGGCCCUCUACAAGAAUGACGUCAGAGUGCAUCACGUGAUUUUCGACGCCGCUGGCUCCACCUACAUGAACUGGCUGGAUAAGGCAAGGGUCAAGAGUUCAUCCUGGUCUGACCUUCCAACGAGCGUGGCCAACAUCUUCUCCAUUGCAGGUCACCAGGACGCCAGUCUCCGUAGGACUUUCUUCCUAAACAAAUCCUACGGAGCUUGCCCCAACGAUUCCGGAUGGUUUGUAGCCAUUGAUAACGAAAACGGCGGAUGUAGCUGGGAAAAGAACGCAGCACUCCCUUUUUUUAAAUACGCCACAGGUUCCACGGCAUUAAACUGGAAUGAUGGCAACAUUGGUCGCGCGGACUACUUUGCUGUUCUAGUGAAAUAUUAUAACACGCCAUAAAUUUAUACACCAUUUGGACCUUCUUAUGAUAUUAUUACGAAUCAUCUUUAAUGUCAAGCAACAUUUCGAUCAGGUUAUGAGGAAAUAAUGAAC